AUGGGCUCCAAGGGUGAGGACUGGAUGCUGGACAUGCCGGUCCCGGCGCGUGAAAUGCGACGAGGCCAAGCCAUCUUGCAUGCGCUGCCAAAAGGCCAAUCAGAAAUGCACUGGCUAUUUCGAUUCCAAAAGCCGGGAUUCGAGAGGCCCGCCUCGCCCGCUGAGUAUUGCGCCAGCAAAAGCAUCCCCCGAGGAGUUGAGGCUUAA